GCUUAAUUAUCGCUUAAUGACGACAUCCCACGGAAAACUUUAACGCCGGUCUUCAAGCCACAAGAUCAUUAGGCGGGUAGACACUGCACAGUACGAGUACGGUACAACGGUGCGACAAACAAACCCUCCGAUCUCCAAUCAGCGCACCAAUCAGAACACCGUUUGUUCAGAACACUCCAUCAGACUCAGACGAGACGAGUGAAUCAGUCACCAUUCGCCUGAUCAUACUAUUGAGUCAACAAUACCCGAUAUCCCAACUCAUAUUUAUCAUGCGUCGACGAUAUAACCGAGGUUUUUUCCUUUACAGUUCUAGUCUUUCACAAUUCUUUCCAUUAUAAUUUUUGUUUUUGGUACAAUUUGACGGUCCCGCUAGAUAGUUGGGCUUGAAUUAAUUAUGGAAUGCCAAAGCAAGAAAUUGAUCGAUGAGUUUCGAUCGCUCCUUGACGAGUCCACUAUCCUUUCAAUUUCUAGUGAUUAUAACCUAGAAAAUCCUAAGGAAUUUGCUCGAGCGCGGCAAGUUCUACUAUCACUCUCCAAAGAUGUAGUGGCAGAAGAAGCCACUGGCUUUAACCCGAGCGGCAUCGGUGCCGAUGGCAUUGUAGACAUCAAUUCCUCGAACCAGGGUGAUGAUGCAGAGGCCGGGGGGACUACCAGCAGCGAUACUAAAAGUGUUGGUGGAUUCACUGUCACCACGGAGAGCUCUGUUCCCCCAAGCCUGAUGUCUUCGGGAUCGUCCAAAAAUUCAUCCGGUGGGACUCCAGGCCUUCUCCAUGUUGACAUUUUUGAUGGCCUAAACGACGGCGAUAAGGAACUUCAACUCUCCGAGAUGUUUGUAUCACUCAAACCCAUCGAUGUGAAGUUUGCUUUGCAGAAGUCAAAGGGCGACGCAAGUCUUGCCAUGGACGAACUCCUCAACCUGCAAUGGCUCGAGGAGACAGGCCAGCGUCCUAAAGGUAUUGAUGGCUUUUAUGUAUCCGAUGAUGACAAUGUCCCGAACAAGAAAAAGAAGAAGGGGAAGAGAAAGAAGAAGGUUAAGGUGGCAUCACUUAAACCUAGUGCUCCGGAAAACACAUCUGAUGAGACCAAUAAUAAUGAUCUGGAACAGAACGAUCACAUUACACUUAUAUCUGAUAGGCUUCACCUAGCGCCCUCAGAAGUGACGAGUAUUUACCAUCACCACGGUGCCUCGCCUGGGGCUACGGUAGUUGAGAUUCUCAAUAACUACAUUGCUCUGGGUUUGCCACAUUUAAACUCCCAUCUUAUAUCCGAUACCAGAGAGGUGAUGAAAGAUUUUCAUUGGGUACCCCAAGAAUAUGUCAAGGCGACUCUCGAAAUUUGCUCUACGCGGGAUGAUGCUAUUGACAUCGUCCGAAUUCUAGCAGAUCACUUUGAGAAGCCGGCAUACCUGAAAUACGAUGUGUCGUAUAGUUUGGUGGCGUCUGAUUUGGGGGAAAUUGUUGGUGAACCCCAAGUUAUCAAUAUGUCGGCGCAACUGCCGAAGUCUCCUACAAGCCCUAAAGGUAUGCGGGCGACGGCAGUUAAUUUGCCUCUGCGAUCUUCCAACCAACCCACAACCUUGGAGGCUGCUGCAGCCGCGUCGAAAUCACUUGCCGAAUCAAGGAAUCACUCAUUUACAUCCGCUGCGGCUGCUUUCAGAAAGGGAAAAUCCAACCCCUUGUUUAGACAGGCGGGUGCAUACUACGCGGAUCGUGCCCGCGAGCAAGCCACAACCUUUCGCCAAGCCAUCAACGUUGAGGCUAACUAUCUUGUCGACUCGAAGAGCACGGAAGACAUGAUCGACCUUCACGGCGUCACGGUGCAGGAUGGUGUCGAAAUCGCACUUGAUCGAGUACAGAAGUGGUGGCAAAGCCUCGGGGAGGAGAGAACGCGGAAGGCGAAGCGGGGAUUCACCGUUGUUACGGGUCUUGGUAGACACAGCUCGGACGGAAGAUCGAGGUUGCGCAUCAACGUGUUCAAAGCACUUGUCGCUGACGGGUGGAAGGCAGAGGUACUGACUGGAUCAUAUCUCAUUACGGGGAGAAGGUCAUGACCGCCCCAUAAGCUAUCUCUUAUGCGUUGGUCCUCUAAUCGUUUGACGGCGUGUACGAACAUUGGGUCCUUGAUACAGAAUACAGAUCAUACAUACAGGAGAGCAUUGGCGGCGUUUCAAGGCGGGAAUGACAGGGGCUCUGACGAUCCAUUGUUUUGGCGGUUGGGCAAGGGAGAUCUCGAAGGAUCUAUGUUUCCAAUCGGGUACGUUCUUGGUAUCUAGGAAAUAUGCAUAGUGCUUCUUCCUAGGCAUACGGUCGAAAUGCGGCUCAGUUAAUAGCUUAAGAGUCUUGACGAAGCAGUGAUCGGCUUUGAUAAGCCGUCUUGGAUACUAGGUAGUAGUUAUCUACCUACUAUAGGUCACUUCCUAACUAGCCUUAAAGUCCCCUCUUAAAACGGGCAAGCAAUUGGAACUAUCGGAACUUUUUACAGAGACCAAUCCAUCCUGUCCGUCCCACUUGAAUGUAGGACAUUAUUCGGUAUGUAGGUACU